UACAUGAACUGGACUUACAAUUCCAGAAAAAUUAAAGGCUCAAGAAUGGGGCUGAGUACACACUGUGUGCUAAGGAAAGAGUAGUUAGAUUGAAUUGAACCCCUGCAGAACGUGGACUCAGAUACACUGAAUUUGGCCUUGGGUGAAUACCUGCCUUGGGUUGGCCAACUAGCAGUCAACAGCAAUGAGCCAAAAGAGACAAACCAAUUCUAAGAAGAGGAGUCUUCAGAGAUGUGGUUAGGAAGACAUGAGAGCCAGUAAUCCAAGCAAGGUCAACAAGAAUUGGAAACUUAGUUGUGAGGUUCUAUUAACUAUAUUCCUUCUCACAGAUUCAUUGGCUAAUCAUUGGCCAAUCACUGGCAAAAACAGGGCAAUUUCCAUGUGGAAGAAUAAUAGGCAGGUUUCAAAAUGGCAAAUCAAAGACUUCAGAAAAUAGCUCAGCUAAACGUGAGAAAGGAAUGCUUGUCAACAGCAAAGAGAUUUUUGAUGCAGUCGGGCGAUCAAAAUUUGUUCUAGAGAACCUUCGGCAUUACACAGUCCAUCCAAAUUUGGCCCAGUACUAUAAGCCUUUGAAGACCACUGCCCUGCAGAAAUUCCUGGCUCAAAACAGGAAAACCACCAGCUUCAUGUUAAAAGUAACACAGUAUGACCAGGAUAAGACAUUACUGAUUAUGACCAACAACCCACCUCCCUGCUCAAUCACCCAGCAAGACAAGGAGAGUGCACCAAAAUAUUUUUCCAAGGAGUUACUGCUCAAGGUCAUGGAAAGUCAUCAUCAGCACAAACCCACUGAGAACUUCUGGCUGUCCCGCAUGACUCAGAAAAAAAAGUUAAGAUCUAAGCUGAAACCAAUCUUCCCUUUGAUACUGUCGGACGAUCCCACAUCCAAGCGAGAACAAUGGUUUAGGUUUUCCACUGACAAUGAUUUCAAGAGUGAAGGGAAGUAUUCAAAAGUCUACGCUUUGAGGACACAGAAGAAAAUGUACCCUCAGUUCACCUUUGCUCCAGUCCAUGAGAGAGAUAUGAGGAAAGAUGCUUCCAAGAAGUCAGCGAGUGAAAGGCCCAUUUCCAAAGUGAUUCGGGAACCACUGACACUCGCAUCGCUCUUGGAAGACACGCCCACCAGAACAGCGCCCGGGGAGAGCGCCUUCCGCAACGGGAGGACCCCGCAGUGGAUUAUCAAAAAGGCCACGGCCAUCGGUUGAACACAGACCCCUGAGUCCUUCCGCCUCGCUCUCCUGAGACUGAGGGGUCCGCAGAAGUCGCCAACCAAAUAAAACCACAUUCCUGUUGC